GAAUGUGGUUCAUCUAUGAUUUAUACUUAUUAGGGUGUGACAGACGUCAAAUUUUCUUAUUUAGCAAAUAUGUCGAGAGAAACAAAUACUUUUAGUUUAAAAUAUAGAAACAGUAAAUAAUAUAACAAUGGAUUUGAAUAAAGUUAGUGUUGUUAGAUGGUUUGAGGACACGAACAAGCAUAGUUGUGGUUACUGUAAAAGUGAAAAUAGUAUAUCACAAGGUAUGUGGGCCGAAAGUCUUACUGUUGACGAUUAUCAAGAACUUAUAGAUAGAGGAUGGCGUAGAUCAGGAAAAUAUUGUUACAAAUCCCUAAUGGAACAAACCUGUUGCCCUUUGUACACAAUAAAGUGUGAUGUGAUAAAUUUUCUAUUAAGUAAAUCACAGAAAAAGGUUAUUAAAAGGUUUAAUAAAUUUCUAAAAGAUGGAAAUAUUAAAUAUGAAGAUAAUAUACAAUUUGAGGAACCUGAUAAUCAUUCUGAUUUACAUCAAAACCAUCCAAAAAUGAAUUUAAGUGAUUUAAGUGCAAGUAUAUCCAACAGUAUACAACAAAAUAAUCUUACAUCUAUAGAAACACCUUCCACAUCUAAUACUGAUGAAAUUGACCUGAAUGAAAUGGAUAAUUCGCAACAGAAAACUGAAAAAAUAUGUGAUAAAGCAUCUAAUUCUAGUCAACUGAAGGUGAACACAAAGACACCAUUAAAAGUAGGAGUUGGUGCUGAUCCCACUAAACCACCUUGUAAAAAAGCUAAGAUAUUAAGAAUUGAAAGGAAAAAGGCAAAAGGAUUACAAUUUCAAAAAAGUCCACCUGUGUCUAAUCAAAAAAGUUUAGAACAGUUCCUUGAAGAGGUUUCUCAAAAUGAUAAAAAAAAAUUGCGAAUGUGUUUGAUUCCAACCAGCGUUCCGAAUUCUACAUGGAAAGCAUCAGAAGAUAUAGAAUUUCAGUUAUAUAAAAAGUAUCAAAUGGUUAUUCAUAAUGAUCCGCCUAGCAAAUUAUCAUUAGAUGGGUUUGACAGAUUUUUAGUGAAGUCUCCUUUGAAGCCUAAACAAUUUCCUGAAGGUAUAGAUGGUCCAGGAUAUGGAUCUUUUCAUCAACAGUAUUGGAUAAACGAUAGAUUAAUAGCAGUAGGUGUAAUAGACAUUUUGCCUAGGUGUGUUAGUUCUGUUUAUUUUUUCUACGACCCUGAUUAUAGAAGUUUAACGCUUGGAACUUAUGGAUCUUUGAGGGAGGUACAGUUAACGCGUUAUUUGCAGAAGAAUCUACCUCAUUUAUCGAGUUAUUAUAUGGGUUUCUACAUUCAUUCUUGCCCUAAAAUGAGAUACAAAGGAAAAUUAACUCCAUCAUAUUUGGUUUGCCCAGAAACUUACCAUUGGGUUCCUAUCGAAAAAUGUAUUACUUUAUUAGAAGCAAAUAAGUACUCCAGAUUAGAAGAAGAUAUUGAUGCUAUAGAUGAAAACCUUCCCACCCAGAGAGAUAUUUCAGAAAUUCAAGUUGUUUAUCAACGACAUCUGAUGCAUUAUGAUGACUUUGAUGAAUUUGGAGAUGAAUCAGAAAAAUUUAAACUUAUAGCAAAUUUUAUUGGCAAAAAAUGUUGCAGAUCUCUUAUUUUUUGGGAACAAUGAUAUUAUAUUAAAUUGAAUUUUGUGCAUUUUCUUAUGAACAAUAGAAAUUUGAUAGAUUUCACUAGAAAUAAUUAAACUUAACAAACAAUCUAAGUAUGUAAUUAUUUCAGCAAAAGCAACAGAAAGUGUUAUUUUCCAGAUAAUAUAGUCUGUUCAGAAGGAA